UGUUGCUCAGUGCGCGCACUCCUUCCCGUUCUUUACGCUUUUGCCCUGUUCAGUUCGGCGUCGUGCUCGCGCUCGAGUUUCAACGCAGUUGCCCCAGUUUGUUCCUUCGAUGGAUCUUCCUCCCGAUGUUGAUCCGGCUACGAUGGACCCUGCGUCUCGUGUCGCGUUCCUGGUGUGCCUGCGCAACCACCAUGAAAGUGGUUUAGCAUCGCUGAAUAGUUCUUUGUCGUCGAUCACGGAGGCUUUGACGUCGAUCAGCUCCGACGUUCAGUCUGCCCGACGAGAAGCUGAUUUCCUCGAGGAAAGGCUUCUUGCAAACAGCCUGGUCAUCGCUGCAGCGACAGCAGGAGAAACGACCAUGCCGCGGAGCGUCCAAGCGUACUUUCGGGGUGAACGAUGGUUUGAGGAGACGCUACCGAACCUGCCGGAGAGCCACUUCAAGCAGGCUUUCCGGGUGAUGCCGGCGACCUUUCGGUACAUCGUGGACGUUUGUCGGCCCCACAUGGAGCGCCAGGUCACCCCUAUGCGCCCCACUAUAUCGGUCGAGAAACGAGUUGGAGCUGCGCUCUACAAGCUGUGUUCUAGCGCGGAAGACAGGACCGUCGCCCACUUGUUCGGCCUGGGGCGGUCAACGGUCAACGAUAAUUACAAAGAGUUCUGCCACAUCGUCGUUUCCGAGCUGGAGCGCGACUGGCUCAAGAUGAUGACCGCCGCCGAACUCCCCGACCACGUCCGCGAGUUCCAGGCUGCCCUGGAAUUUCCGCAGGGCAUAGCCGCGCUGGACGGCUGCCACUUCCCCGUGUCGCCACCUAAGGUCAACGCCAGCGACUACUACAACUACAAGGGCUGGUACAGCAUCAUUCUCCUGGCCCUUGUAGACCACCGGUACCGGUUCCGGUACGUCAACGUGGGGACGCCAGGGCGGUGCCACGACGCGCAUGUCUUUCGGAGGUCGGCACUGGCCAAAAUUCUGGAAGGGCCAACGUUUACAACACCAAUGGUCACCAUCAACGGGACUGCCGUGCCGCCACUGGUUCUCUGCGACCAAGCCUUUCCUCUGACGUGCAACAUGCUGAAGCCAUACGCACGCAAGAAUGUCGCGGGACAGUCUCCGCAGGAGAAGUUCAACCGGCAACUUUCGUCUGCACGUAGGGUCGUGGAGAACGCCUUCGGCAGGAUCAAGGCACGGUUCCGCUUCAUCAUGAAGCGGCUGGAGUGCGACGUGGACAACGCCCGCUUCGUUAUACGGGCUUGCUGCACGUUGAAUAACAUCUGCGAGCACUUCAACGACGGCGUGGAGUCCCAGUGGCUCACCGAAGUUGGCACGGAGGCCCGCCUCUACGAGCAGCCAGUCUGCAACACGGAUGCCGUGGCAGGCAAUGGUUCGAGUGUCCGGGACUCCAUUGCUGCCUACCUUCACCAGCACUAGAGUGAAGAGCGAAGCAAAGGCCCUUUCGAGUUCCACCGGAACGAAGGCCCUUUUGAGGACCAGCAGAGCAAAGACCCCUUCACCACCACAGAAGAAAAGGCCCUUUUGAGCCCCAGCAAAGGCCCUUCUCAGGGCCAAAAAAAUUUGGCUUUAGAGCUGACUUCUUUCGAUGCCUCCUCCCGUUGUCUCAAAUGAAGUUAA